GCUCUGUCUCUCUGCUGUAUCAUCAUCAUCUUCUUCUCCUUCCUUGCACACUCCUCAGCCUCAGAUCAGAACAGGCUAAAUUCAUCAAUUCUGCUCAAAGAACAGAGCUUUGGUUUGGUUUCGUGUCUUGGGUACUGGUUAUUACGUAGCUGCUCUUCUUUGAUUAAGAAAAAUUCACUAAAGCUGUCGUCUUUUUGCUGAUUAGGACUUGGUUUCUCAGCUUUCGUCAGAAUUAUGCUGAAAGAGUAAGUUCUCUCUGCUCUGUGUUGAGAUUGGAGGUGUAGCUUGCUGCGUUUAGCUCUUCACUGUAUUAUCAUGGGAGCUGUCUGGUUGAGUCAUGUCUCUCAAUUGGAUUGUGGAUGUUAUUCAAUUGAGAAGAGCUGUUGUCUUUGGAGAACUUCUCAUUGGUCUUUGAGUCACUCGUUAGACUUUGCAUUGACCAUGAAGCCGAAACGAAGGUGUCUAAGUGUAAAAAUGGAGUCUUUUUAUUUGGCAACACCAAAAAUGUGUUUCAAGAAGGUGAGUAGUGAAUUAGAUAGAUCUUUCAACGGUGAAAAUACGGUUUUUGGUUCGGAAUUGGAGGAUGAACAUGGAUUGAGAGAAAGAGGGAAGCAAAUUAGUUUCUUUGAUGAUUUAUUGGUUGAAAAUGAGGUAGAAGAAGAGAAGCCUGUAUUUGAUGAUAGGAAUAGGAUACAUUUUUUGGAGGAGCGGAACGAAGAGAUGUUAUCGAAGAGGCUUCUGAAACUUAGCAGGUUGGAUAAAGUAAGAAGCGCAUUGGAGUUGUUUGAUUCUAUGAGAUUCUUGGGUUUACAACCUAAUGCUUAUGCAUGUAACUCUUUUCUCUCGUGUCUCUUGAGGAAUGGAGAUGUACAGAAAGCCUUUACCGUUUUUGAGUUCAUGAGGAAAAAGGAGAAUGUCACAGGGCACACGUAUAGUUUGAUGUUGAAAGCUAUUGCAGAGGUUAAGGGUUGUGAUUCUGCACUAAGAAUGUUUAGAGAACUAGAAAGGGAACCGAAAUAUAGGAGUUACUUCGAUGUGGUUCUUUAUAACACUGCGAUUUCUCUAUGUGGACGGAUUAAUAAUGUGUAUGAGACAGAGAGAAUAUGGAGAGUUAUGAAAGGUGAUGGUCAAAUUGGAACAGAGAUUACAUAUUCUCUGCUUGUUAGCAUUUUUGUUAGGUGCGGGAGAAGCGAAUUGGCACUUGAUGCAUAUGAUGAGAUGGUUAACUACAAGAUAUCUCCAAGAGAGGAUGCGAUGUAUGCGAUGAUAAGCGCGUGUACAAAGGAGGAAAAAUGGGAUUUGGCCCUAAAGAUAUUUCAGAGUAUGCUAAAGAAAGGAAUGAAGCCUAAUCUUGUAGCGUGCAAUACUUUGAUAAAUUCGCUGGGAAAGGCGGGAAAAGUCGGAUUGGUGUUUAAGGUUUACAGUGUUGCAAAAUCGUUGGGGCAUAAACCAGACGAGUACACGUGGAAUGCGCUGCUCACGGCUUUAUACAAAGCAAACCGAUAUGAAGAUGUUCUUCAGCUGUUUGAUAUGAUAAGAAGCGAAAACCUGUGUUGUCUGAAUGAAUAUUUGUACAACACAGCUAUGGUGUCAUGCCAAAAGCUUGGUUAUUGGGAGAAAGCUGUGAAGCUUUUGUAUGAAAUGGAAGGUUCGGGGUUAACAGUUUCAACUUCAUCAUAUAAUCUGGUGAUAAGUGCUUGCGAAAAAUCAAGGAAAUCAAAAGUUGCAUUGCUAGUAUAUGGGCACAUGGCUCAAAGGGAUUGUAGGCCAAACACGUUUACUUAUCUGUCGCUUGUAAGGAGUUGUAUUUGGGGUUCCCUUUGGGACGAGGUUAAAGAUAUCCUAAAGAAAGUGGAACCCGAUGUGUCGCUUUACAACGCAGCUAUACAUGGGAUGUGUUUAAGACGCGAGUUCAAGUUUGCAAAAGAACUGUAUGUCAAAAUGAGAGAGAUGGGUUUGGAACCGGAUGGCAAAACCCGAGCUAUGAUGUUACAGAACUUAAAGAAACACCAAAAAUAAGUGUUCAGUGUUCAUUCUCCUCAGAAGCUAUUUGAAGGACUAGGUGGUGAUGGUGUUGUUUGUCUUUGAUAAAUGAGGUUUAUGGACAUAGAUCAAAGGUUUGGCGAUGACAUAGCUCGUGCCCAGUUUCUAACAUUGGCUACAGAUGUUUGAAUCUGGAAUAUAAGGCUGCUGCGCCGGCUCUACACCAGAAGGCUAGAUCUCAUUCUCAGGCAGUGAGGUUUGUGUGUCGUUAUUUUGUCCUCUCGUUGUGGCACACACAAUUCGCGAUUUUGAAACACUAGAAUCUUGUCACAAUGAGGAAGCUCAGAUACAGAGCCACCAUUGAUGGCAUCAGUCUUCAUGUUCUUAAAUUAUGCAAUUUAUUGUUAGCUUAGUUUUGAAAAGUUGAAACAAUGGGUCUUGUAUUAGAUGUUGACAAAGAACAGAGGACAGAUCUCAUCCAGAAGAAACGAUUUUGAAAA